AUGUCUGGCCGAGGAUACGACCGCGGAUACGACCGCGAAGAGCGCGAUGACCGAGGCCCUCGAAGCGGCCGUGGCGGUGGCCGCGGCGGCGGUCGCGACCGUGCACCUCCUACCACUCUCUUUGUGGCAGGCUUCCCGCCCAGCAUGCGCGCCAAGGACCUCGCAUACGAGUUCGAACGCAUGGGCCCGCUCAUCCGCUGCGACAUCCCUGCGCUCAAGUCGGCCACCGCGACACCGUACGCCUUUAUCGAGUACGAGGACCCACGCGAUGCGGAUGCCGCCUUCCGCGACAUGCACGGCAUGUCGUUCGGCCGCCACCAGAUCUCGAUCCAGUUUGCCAAGAACGCGCCCUCGGCCAACUGGAGGUUCGACGGUCCCUCGCGCGGACCUCCUCCGCCGCCCGCGUACGGCGGACGUGGUGGUGGACGCGACCAGCGCGAUGACCGUGGUCCUCCCCCCGCCGACCUGCCGCCGCCGCGGCCCCAGUUGAGCAAGGAGGAGCAGGAGGAGGCCGACCGUGCCGCCGAGGAGCGUGCGCGCAGACGUGCGGCGCUCCGCCGCGAGCGAUCGCCCGAACCGCGCCGCGACGACGACGCCGACUACUCCGAAGAGCGCAGGAGAGGCUCGCCCCGCCGAGACGACGACGAGCGUCGCGACAAUGCCGACGGCAACACCAAUGGCAACAACGAUGAGGGCGCGCAGAACACGCACGAGGACAGGCCCGAGGCGGCUGCCGAUGCUGCCGCUGACGAGGUUCGUGACGGCGCCGACGCUGAAAAGACGGCCGAAGCCGAAGGCGUCACCGGCUGGGAGUAA